AUGUACAAUAACAUAGUGGGACGCCGCCCAGUGGCAAGCACCCAGUUCCAAAACCUGUUGGGCACAGUCUACAGAAAAGGCGAUUUGUUAUUCAGUCCUGAUGGUAACUCGGUAAUUAGUCCAGUGGGAAAUAGAAUAACCAUAUUCGACUUAAAAAAUAACAAAUCGACAACUUUACCAAUUGAGAGUAGGUACAACUAUACAGCUUUAGAUAUAAGUCCGAAUGGAUACACAUUGGUGGCCAUAAACGAAGAGGGAGAUGCACAUAUGAUAAGUCUAAUUUCACAAACAGUUAUUCACAAAUAUAGAUUUAAGAGGAAAGUCAGAGCUGUUAAGUUUAGUCCAGAUGGGAAACAUUUUGCUGUCUGUAAAGAUAACAAUGUUUUUGUUUUUAAAGCUCCAGGGCCUUCUUCUGGGGAUUACAAUGCUUUUUACAUGGAGAGAGUGUUUCAUGGAGCAUAUGAUGAAACAACUUGCCUUGAUUGGACUUUUGAUUCAAGAAUUUUAGCUGUAGGUUCCAAGGAUAUGAGUACUAAACUCUACCCACUAGAUAAGUGGGCCAAUUUUAGGAUAUGUUCCCUUGGAAAUCACACAGAAGGAAUAGUUGGUUGCUUUUUUGAAGAAAAUAGUUAUGACAUUACCACAAUAAGUAGGAAUGGCCAAACAUGCGUUUGGGAAUGUAGUAUAGAUCCAAAUGAUCUAGUUCCACGAGAAGAAGUUCAAACAAAAAAGAAAAAAAUGUCUGAUGAUUCAGAUGAAGAUGAUGUUGAUGUAACAAAAAGUUUAGAGAGGACAGAAGAGGAAAUAACAAAAGCAAUACAAGACAUUGAUGUAAAUCGAGAAGAGCCGAAAGAAAAAGAGGUGAACAAACUCUUCUACAAACGAUUGGCCAGACAUUAUCUAGCUGAUGAAGUUAGGAAAGAAAACAGAGAUGCUAUUCUGACCUCUGCUGCAUAUCAUAAGAAAACUAAAAUUUUUGUUACAGGCUAUUCUACAGGCGCCUUCUUUAUCCAUGAAAUGCCUGACGUUAAUUUGAUCCAUUCUCUCAGUAUAUCAGAACAGAAGAUCAGUGCAAUUUCCUUGAAUAAUACAGGCGAUUGGAUAGCAUUGGGAUGCAGUGGCUUAGGACAACUACUAGUAUGGGAAUGGCAAAGUGAAACCUAUGUAAUGAAACAACAAGGUCACUCAAACAAUAUGUCUUGUGUGACUUACUCCACUGAUGGCCAAUUGUUAGCUACAGGUGGUGAAGAUGGUAAAAUUAAGUUGUGGAACAUACAUUCUGGAUUUUGCUUUGUAACAUUCAGUGAACAUUCUAAUGCUGUUACAUCUGUGGCUUUUAGUGGAAAUAAGAAAUUUUUGGUCUCAUCCUCUUUGGAUAGUACAGUUAGAGCUUUUGAUAUUAUCAGAUAUCGAAACUUUAGAACAUUCACUUCAACCAGACCAGUACAGUUUGCCUGUGUAGCAGUUGAUAGUAGCGGAGAAUUUGUAGCAGCAGGAGGACAAGACGUUUUUGAGAUAUAUCUGUGGUCGAUUAAAACUGGUAGAUUAUUGGAAAUAUUGGCAGGUCACGAAGGACCAGUUUCGAGUUUAGUCUUCAGUCCGACCAUCACCAGCACCGUUUUGGUGUCUGUCUCAUGGGACAAAACUAUGAAAAUAUGGGACGCCAUCGAGAAAGGCUCGGCCCACGAAACCAUCGAAUUGACAGCAGAUGGAAUAUGUACUGCUUUUAAGCCAGACGGCCAAGAAGUAGCUGUGGCUACAUUAAAUGGACAGAUAACAGUUUUCAACGUGAAGACUUCCUUACAAGUUUCUUUAAUUGAAGGACGUAAUGAUUUGGGCAGCGGAAUAGCAGAUACUGAUUUAGUGACUGCAAAACAAACGUUGAAGGCCAAGUCUUUCACGAGUCUGUGCUGGUCUGCCGAUGGAGAAUCCUUGAUAGCUGGCGGACAAUCUAAGAAUGUUUGUAUCUAUAAUGUUACAGAAGGACUGAUCGUCAAAAAAUUCGAAAUCACACAGAAUAGGUCAUUAGAUGCAGUUGAUGACUUCAUAAAUAGAAGAAAACUAACAGAAUUUGGCAACAUAGCCUUAGUAGAAGAAAGAGAAGAAAGGGAAGGAGGAAACGUCAGCAUAAAACUCCCCGGUGUUCGUAAAGGUGACAUGGCUGCUAGAAGUAUUAAACCGGAAGUACGAGUAUUUUCCCUGCAGUUCUCACCAACUGGUCAAACUUGGGCAGCUGCCACAACAGAGGGGUUGUUAUUGUAUGGUUUAAAUGGUUCUUAUGUAUUCGAUCCCUGGGAUUUACAAAUAGGUAUCACACCAAUGGCUAUAAGGGAAGCUAUCAAAGAAGAAGAAUAUGGAAGUGCAUUAGUGAUGUCCCUGAAAUUGAAUGAAAUCAACUUAGUACAAGAGGUUAUUGAAAAAAUUCCAGUCAAAGAUGUGGAACUUUUGGUCGCGGAUCUGGAAGAAAAAUGCAUACAGAAGUUACUGAUUGUCAUAGCCACUUAUUUAGAAAGUUCUCGACAUUUAGAGUUCUACCUUUGUUGGGUACAACACAUUUUAACGAUACAUGGACCAAAAAUCAACGCCCAGAAAAUCUUACCAACAUUGUUGGCUUUAGAGAAGAGUUUGCUUCGAAAAAGUGAACAGAUUUCUAAAAUUUGUGAUUAUAACAAAUACACCAUGCAAUAUGUGGCAAAUUUGGGUGAGAGCAUCGAUAAGAAGACCAAUGAAUUAAAAAUGGAAGUAGAAAGUGAAGAAGAGGAAGAUGAUUCUGAUGUAGAGGAAGUAUUUGAUUCCGAUAUUGACUAG